UUGCUGGUUUGUAAAGCUGGCAUUUGAAAUUGUCAACUACGGCUAAUUGAGUCCAAACUGUCCACUACUACUGUCUUCCUGUCUGUCUUAAGUCUAAACCAUGGUGCGUCCCUGUCUCUAAAAAGUCAUCAUAGAUCUCUAACGAAUCCAUAUCCUGCAAUGGAGAAGCUCUCCGUGAUCGCCUACAUAACAGUGGCACUGCUGCUACUGAUGCUCAUCUCUCACUCUCCUAAGUCCUCCAGCCGCCAACUUCGCCACCGCCGCCUCAAAAUUCGUAAUUCGUUUAAUUUCACCGACCCCGCCCAUCACGACUCGGUCGCAUUUGACCCCCUUGUUGCCGAAAUCGAGCGCCACCGUGAGGACAAACUGUGGGAUCGCCGGCACCUCGAACACGCUUACCCGGAACUCGUUCACGACUCAGCCCCAGGCGCGGAGUCACAGCCCGAAUGGGGGGAGUACAUGGACGCUGAGGAUUACUUGAAUGAUGAGGAUAAAUUCAAUGUCACUCAAAGGUUGAUCUUGCUUUUUCCGAAUAUUGAUUUCAACCCUGCUGAUGGUUUCGUGGCUGAAGAUGAAUUGACUGAGUGGCACUUGAAGCAGUCUGAGAAGGAAAUCCUGCUCAGCGCACAAAGAGAGAUGGAAAUUCAUGAUAAAGAUCAUGAUGGGUUCAUUUCGUUCUCUGAGUAUGAGCCUCCCAGUUGGGUUCACAACCCAAAUGCGGAUUUAGGCUAUGAUAGUGGUUGGUGGACAGAAGAACAUUUCAAUGCAUCAGAUGCAGAUGGAAAUGGUCUUUUGAAUUUAACUGAGUUCAAUGACUUUUCGCAUCCAGCAGACAGCAAGAACCCGAAGUUACAUAACUGGCUGUGCAAGGAAGAAGUAAGGGAGAGAGAUUCUGACAAAGAUGGUAAGCUUAACUUCAAAGAAUUUUUCAAUGGGCUCUUUGACUUGGUAAGGAACUAUGAUGAAGAUUGCCACAAUGCUUCACAUGUAUCUGAUGAUUUAGUCGAGGCCCCAGCGAAAGUAUUGUUUAAGCAGCUGGACAGAGACGGUGAUGGAUACUUGUCAGAUGUAGAGCUGCUUCCUGUGAUCGAAAAAAUUCAUCCGUCGGAGCGUUACUAUGCUAAACAACAUGCGGCUUACAUGAUAUCACAGGCAGAUAAUGACAAAGAUGGGCGUCUAACAUUGGCAGAGAUGAUUGAGAACCCAUACGUUUUUUACGCUGCUAUCUUCAAGGAUGAUGACGACGAUUUUGAAUACCAUGACGAGCUGCGCUAACUUGGUUCCCAGUAAGAAAAACCAUUCCAUUUGCUUGACAUAACUUCAUACUUGCAGGAUACCAAGGAAACAAUGGCAGGAUUAAAAGAUUCUAGUAGCAAGAAUUCAACACUGUAAGAGUUAUUCUUCAUUCAAGGUCACAUACAACACUGGGUGAGCAUUCUUCACAAUAUACCCAUAAUGUCUUUGUCGUGUAAUUUUGUAGCAUUAGUCAUGUACAGUGCCUCACAUAUUUUUCUCCAUCUCAGUACAGAUUGUGAGAGAAUUUAUUAAUUUAUGGUUGCCAGGUACCAACUUUCUUGG